AUGUAUUUUGCUCCUGAGUUAAGAACUCAUUCACAAAAAGUUUGCACCCUUUAUAAGACUGCUUGCAGGCUUAUUGAAUCUUAUUAUGUUGCAAGAUUCAUAAUUCGAUAUCAUCAAGUUUUGCUACGAAAACAAUUUGACGAUAAUAAAUGCGUCACUGAUCCAAAAGAACAACGACUUCUGCUGCGAGUUGGAGAGAAUGAAGUGUUUGCAAAGAAAUAUCCUUUUCCACCACAAAAAUUUCCUAGGUCUAUUGGGCUCGCCGGUGGUGUUGCAUAUAAGCGUGUUGUUACACCUCCAGAUUGGAUUUUGGAUUAUUGGCAUCCACUAGAAAAAGCACAGUAUCCAGAUUAUUUUGCUAGAAGGGAGUGCAGAAAGACUGAAUAUAUAAAAAAAUGGAACGAUGGUACUUUAUAUUAG